AUGUUUCUUAUUAAUCGCACUUCAUCACAUGUGUUGUCUUGGCGCACUCCUUUUGAAUUGCUUCAUAAGACUCUGCCUGAUUUUGGACAACUUCGUGUUUUUGGUUGUCUCUGUUUUGCUUCUACACUUACUGCCAAUCGGUCUAAAUUUCAAUCUCGGGCUGUUCCGGCUAUUUUUACUGAGUAUCCACCUGGAAUAAAAGCAUAUAGGUUAUAUGACAUUACCAAUCAGAAAUUUUUUAUUUCCCGUGAUGUUGUAUUUCAUGAGGAUGUUUUCCCCUUUCACAAAGUUACUGAGAAAGAUGGCAUUUCUGACCCAUUUCAUGGUUUUGUUUCACCCAAGGUUCUUCAUUGUGGCAGUGAUUUGUCCCAUCUUCCCACUAACUCUAGUGUUGUGCAAUCUGAUGGAUGUUUGAGGACAUUUUAUGGACAUACGGCUUCACCUCUUGUGUGUAAAGACCCUGCCACUGUUCCUCUUCCGACGCUGUCGCCGACCGCUGACACGGCCUGGCCGCUUGCUCCCGAUUUGAUCUCGCUGGCCGUUGACAUAUCCGAUCCAUUGGUAGUCGCAGCUCCAACUCCGCUGGCCAACUUGUUUGAUUCUUCGCCGGCUCUUGCACAUCCUUCCUCGAUGGUGCCUGUACUUCCGUCGGACCCAUCGGCCGCUGCCACCCCAACUCCGCCAGUCGUAACAGCAUCGGACCCACCAACAAUCACAACGGUACCUGACCCAUUGCCUGUCGCCAUUCUAGCUCCACCAACUCUUCUUGUUCUAGGUUCGUCGACCGUUCCCAUUCUCAGGUCACCGACCAUUGCCGCUCCCGAUUUGCCGGUCACACCCGUUCCAGAACAGUCGCCUGUUCGUUUAGUUGUUGUCCAACCGCCUGACAUGCCUAUUUUACAUCGUAUUCUAAGAGCUACAACACCACAUAAUGAGUUUUAUCAUCAAGCGAUGGAUUUUGAGCAUUGGCGUGUUUCUAUGGCUGCCGAGCUUGCUGCCAUGAAAGACAAUCGUAUUUGGAGUGUUGCUUCUCUCCCCUCCGAUAAGCAUACUAUUGGGUGUAAGUGGAUUUUUAAAAUUAAACAUCGUGCUGAUGGCUCUAUUGAGCGCUACAAAGCCCGUUUAGUAGUCAAGGGGUAUACACAACAGGAAGGUUUGGAUCUUUUGGUAACUUCCUUUGCUUCAAUUAGACAUGAAUAAGGUUUUUUUGCAUGGAGACUUGGUUGAAGAGAUAUAUAUGGACUUGCCUCUAAGAUAUAAACCCCCUUUUUUCUGUCAAUGGUGAUCGGUUGGUAUGCAAAUUCAUAAAUCGCUUUAUGGCUUCAAGCAAGCUUCUCGCCAAUGGUUUGCAAAAUUUUCAGAAUUUUUACUGUCUCUUAGUUUUCGAUAAUCCAAGGCUGAUUAUUCAUUGUUUGUGAAUGGUGAUGGGGGUUCGUUUCUUGCUUUACUUGGUUAACGAUAUAAUUAUUACUCGGGUGUCUAUUUCAGCCAUUAAUAACCUGAAAGCACUUCGAUCGUCAUGCUCGGUUGAAGCUCAAGGAUCUUGGUUCUCUAAAAUAUUUUCUUGAUCUUGAACUUUCUCGAUCCUCUUCAGACAUUUUUAUUUCUCACUUGUAGACACUGGAUUUCUUGGUUGCAGGCCUAAUUAUGUUCCUAUGGAUCCUCGCUUGAAGUUGUGUUCUUCUGAUGUUGAUUUGCUUCCUGAUCCUUCGAUAUUUCAUCGUCUCAUUGGACGACUUUUAUACUUGACCAUUUCUCCCCCUCACAUCACGUUUGCUGAGCAUCGACUUAGUCAGUUCAUGUCUCGCCCUUGUAAAUCACAUCUUGCAGCUGCUCAUGACUUGUUACGUUAUUUGAAGACCUCUCCUGAUUCAGGUAUGUUUCUUCCGGUGGUUUCUCAUUUUCAAAUACGAGCUUUUGUCGAUGCAGAUUGGGGUGCUUGUUUGGAUACGACGUUCUGUCACCGGAUUUUGUGUUUCUCUUGGCGAUUCUUUGGUCUCUUGGAAUUCCAAGAAACAGAAUACUGUCUCUCGCUCGUCUACUGAGGCUGAGUAUCGCACUCUUUCAGUUGCUACCAGCGAAAUUGUUUGGCUAACAAGUCUUUUGCAUGAUCUUCGUAUUCCUUUUGAGCUCCUUUUUUUGUGAUAAUCAAUCUGCUAUUCAUCUUGCCUCCAAUCAACCUGCCGAUAUGUUUACAAAGCCAUUGCCUGCUACCCUUCUUUUUCCCCUAUUGCCCAAGAUGAGCGUUUUAGAUAUCCACCAUCCAUCUUGAGGGGGCGUAUUGCGAAUAGAUAUUUUGUUAACUACUUACUUUCCAGUUCCUAUAAUUUUGUUCUUAAGUUACUCUAGAUAGUUGUACAGUUAUACAAUUUGUUAUUUGGUUAUUUCCCAAUAUAAGGAUAAGGAGUUGUAUUAUCAAAUGAAAGUAGAUCAAUAAAAGAUUUUCUCUGCACAUUUUUCCCUCCAUAUUAGUUCAAUACUUACAAAAUAAAAAUAAUAAACAAAAAAUAUGUCAAAAUGGGUGGAGAAAAGGUCUCUGAAAUUCACAUCUUAAUCUACUCAUAUUCAUAAGGAAAAAAUCAUAGGAACAAAAUGACAGAA